AUGUCACUUGACUAUGCGUUAGACGAGUUGCGGACGAUUUUAGAAUCUGGAGCAGGCGAUUCGUCGUCUGUGUUUUUUCAGAUUGGCACUUAUUUGAGGGAAGAGACCAACAGGGCUAAUGAGGCCCUGAGAGGGCUGGUUUCUGAUAUUAUGGAGUAUACAAUUCUCAAACGAGAGAUGGCUCCGUUGGGGGAUAUAUACAGACUGCUCGCAAACUUUGUUGCCGACUCAGUACCGAACAAACACUUGGUUCUGCACCAGGCAACAUCAGAGCAGUUUUUUGCUUUUACACGAGACCGUAUUGACGGAUCGAACCACAGUUUCUUUAUUCUGCAUUUUCUGAACAAUUUACUUUUGGAUUGUCCAGAGGCGUCGAAGUAUCUCAAUGCCAAUGGCAUCGAUCUGAAAGUGGCUUACCAAGAUAUUCCUGAAAGCUGGCAAGACGUUUGGACAAGCGUUUUGGAGGAACUAGCUACCCAAAGCACGUCUUGCGAAUAUUUCAGAGCGCUUAUGAAAAUCGAUAAACGUGAUCUGAUGUACGAGAUGAGCAAAAACGACAUUGAUUUACAGAAUGAUACACAGCUGAUGCAUGACUUGAUUCAAAGAGUGGCAGAAGACGACGAUCGACGACUGUUCGAUAGCGUGAUGAAUAUCUCUGCUAAUCCUUCCAACGCAAAUAACGAUCUCGAGGAGUACCUCAAACUCAUUGAUACCGAAAAGAUGGCGCUUCAAGCAUUGGGAAUGAUAAUCAUGGGAAACUAUAUCAUGUCUCCGGAGCAACAGGCUGAAGUAGCUGCGAAUAUCAAAAGCAUCGAGAAAUUGGUUGACAUUCUGAUUAGCUUUGCCGAAUCGCGCAAGGUCGAGUAUCUUCAAGCCGUUUACCUGCUGAACAAACUUCUGGGAAAUAGGGAUUUUAGAGAACGGUUUCCCAAGAGCUCGUUCUUAAAGAUGCUGUUUCUGAUUGAUUCUCUUUUUGAAUACCGACUUCACGAAACUGAGUACAAAAACGUACUAAAAUUGAAUCUUAAUUUUCAUUGGAGAUACUCAUCUACGCUUAGCGAGGAUGAAGCAGAACGUUUAGAGGAGCAUAUCGUAAGAUGGAAGUCUUACAAUUCCCGCGACGACGACAUCAAUUGCGAGCUCCAGAAAAUAAUGUUCAAAAUCAUCGAACAUAGGAACGACGCAACGUUGGCAAACCUGGCAUUCGACGGGUUCGCCACCAAUCACAAGUUUGAGCGCCAACUCGAUCUUGUACAUUUACUGGAAAAAGUCAAAAGUCUAGGCAUUUUGGUUUCCAGGGACAGCUCAAUCACCCAGCUACCAUGGUUUCCUGCUACAAUGGAAGAAUUCAAAGCAGCCAUAGAUACGCUUCAUCAACAACCCAGCUUCGAAACCGACCCCAGGCUGCAGUUGCUCGACAACAACUACCGAUAUAUCUGUGCAAAAGUGGGAGAAUGCAAAUAA